CAUACAUGCCAUUGAAUUAUUACCCGCCUCAGCCUUGUGCCUCCUGCCCCAAAUUUCCACCAGCAACAAACCCAAACCACCAACCAAGAUGGCCGACUCACCAGAACACCAAGAUGAAGUCGCGCUCGUCCCAACGAGCAACGAAGUCGCGGAACCUGCAGUCCGAAAAGUCAAGAAGAUCAUCAGGAAGAAGAAGCGCCCAGCGCGGCCGCAGAUCGACCCGGAGCUCAUCAAGUCGGAGCCACCGCCCCAGACAGGAACGACCUUCAAUAUCUGGUACAACAAGUGGUCUGGCGGCGAUCGCGAGGACAAGUACGCAUCCCAGAAGGCCGCAAAGGGGAGGUGCAACGUCGCGAAGGACAGCGGAUACACAAAGGCGGACAGGGUGACGGGCUCCUACUUUUGCCUGUUCUUUGCGCGAGGGAUAUGCCCCAAAGGCCAAGACUGCGAGUACCUGCACCGCCUGCCGACGAUACACGACCUCUUCAACCCCAACGUCGACUGCUUCGGCCGCGACAAGUUCAGCGACUACCGCGACGACAUGGGCGGCGUGGGCUCGUUCAUGAGGCAGAACCGCACCGUGUACGUGGGGCGGAUCCACGUCAGCGACGACAUCGAGGAGAUCGUGGCGCGCCACUUUGCCGAGUGGGGGGAGGUCGAGCGGAUCAGGGUGCUGAACACGAGGGGCGUCGCGUUCAUCACGUACUCGAACGAGGCGAACGCGCAGUUCGCCAAGGAGGCGAUGGCGCACCAGAGCCUGGACCACAGCGAGAUCCUGAACGUGCGGUGGGCGACGGCCGACCCGAACCCGAUGGCGCAGGCGCGCGAGGCGAGGAGGAUCGAGGAGCAGGCCGCCGAGGCGGUGCGCCGCGCGCUGCCCGAGGAGUUCGUGGCCGAGAUAGAGGGCAGGGACCCGGAGGCGAGGAAGAGGCGGAAGGUGGAGAGCAGCUACGGCCUGGAGGGCUACGAGGCGCCGGACGAGGUGCACUUUGCCAGGGGCGAGAAUGCGGUCAACCCGAGGGCGAGGGAGGGGCAGAUGGGCCUGGAGGAGCAGCAGCGCCUGAUGCUCGAGAGCGGCGAGGCCGAGGCGCAGGCGGCGGCGGACGAGACCCAGAGGCAGCUCGAGGAGAACGGCAUCUUCUCCAGCAGCACGCUGGCGGCCCUGAGAUCCGCGCAGGUGGCGGUCGCGUCCAAGGAGAAGAAGGCGGCAGCAGGCCCAUUAGUCUCGUACGACAGUGACGAUGAUAGCGACUAGAAGCAGGGAGCAGGGCUGUCACCCUGACACAACUCGUAGUAAAUAAACAGCACGGCCGAACGGUUGCCAGCCCGACGCCACAUGAUACAAGGGAAAAAAGCCUCAGCUGUUGAAUAUCCUACUAUACAAGACCUCAUGCCUCCCGACCCAGAGGUCCAUCACCGGCACGCUCUGGCCCGCCUCCUCCACGGGCGUGUCCCACUCCCGCUCGACAGCCGCGGCGAUCAUGCCCAUCACCCCGCUGCCGGCGAGCAGCCGCUGCGCCUGGUAGGGCCCGAGCAGGUUCGCCCGCACGGCCGCCGAGACGAGCGCCUUGACGUGGCCGAGCACGAAGACGUACGCGGCCUGGUGCAGCCCCAGCCCGGCGGCGCGGCAGACGACGCCGAACAGCGGCGCGAGGUGCGCCGCGACGGGCGGGAUGCCCGUCCCGUCGUCGUCGAACCCCCUGCCCGCCGGCGCCCGCAGCGCCCGCGCGUACUCCCCCAGCGCCGC